AUGGAGGGCAAAGUUGACGAAAUCCUCUCGCGACUGGGAGCGCCACCAUGUGAGCGGAUUCAAUCACAAUCAAGGGUUAACAUGCUCGAGAUUGAGGGCAAGGCCCCGCAGCUCCUCCUAGCAAAUGGGAAUGAGAACAGCUUCGCGACUUCAUCGCAAUUACACCAAACCUCGAUUCCCCAGCUCGUCGCCUUAACCAAAGGCACCCAGGCACCCACGCUCUCAGACCCAUCAGCACUACGCCUCACACCAUCCUCCCGGCUACUGGUCUCGCUCACAUCGCCCUUCUCCCAUGCCAAACCAUCCAGCACCAAAGCGGACGCUCUCCCCCGCGCCGCUGCCGCCUCCAACCUCCCCAAACUCCAGCACCUUCUAGCCUCUGGCUAUCCCGUGGACCAUCUCGACAGUAACCAUGGCUACACUGCUCUGCACAACGCCAGCAUGUCCGGCUCCCUCACCACUCUCGCCCUCCUCCUCUCGCACUCCGCCUCGGUCUCCACCCCGGACGUCAAUGGUGCAACAGCCCUCCACCACGCCGCGCAGAAUGGACACGUCGAUGCGUCCCUUUUACUCAUCCAGAAUGGUGCCGAUGUAGAUGCGGUGGACAGCGCAGGACACGCGCCAUUGUUUUAUGCUCUGCAGAACGGACAUCUCUCUGUUGCGAAUGCCCUGCUAGGAAGCGGUGCGAAGAUGGGGUUGGUGGAGGAUAGGGAGCGGACACAUGAUUAUUGGGCGAGCAGACUUGCUCUUUACUUCGAGGAGGGCGGAGGCGAUGAACAGAACUAUCCGCGACUCACGGUUGGCGACAACAACCACAGGGAUGAAUGA